UUAGCUUUUAUCCCUCCCGAAAAAACCCUAAUCCAUCUGAGCUCCAAACUUCGCCGUUCGCCGGCGUGUUUAUCUCCCGCCCCGCCACCAAACUCAAAUACUUGAAAUCUAGAACUUUAUGGCUUAUAUCCAGCGUGGUAGAAAUGCCCUUAGGCAAAUCAUCAAAGAAACGAAUGUCCAAAGCCAUGAUCGUUUGAUGCAACCUCUGUUCUAUGCUUGUCAAGGAGUAAGAUACAGAAAGUUGGACGUCAUUCUUACGACGAGCAUUGAGAAGCUUGGCAAAGCUGGCGAAACUGUUAAAGUUGCUCCCGGUUAUUUUCGCAAUCAUCUGAUGCCAAAAUUGCUUGCUGUUCCUAAUAUUGAUAAGUUCGCUUAUCUCAUUAAGGAACAGCGUAAGAUUUAUCAACCAAAGGAUGAAGAAGUUAAAGUAGUUACAAAGAAGAAUGUGGAAGAUAAGACCAAAGAAUAUGAAAAGGCAGCAUAUCGUCUACUUUAUAGCCGGCUGGUAUUGAGGAGAUCUAUCAAUGUUCAAAAGUUCUGUGGCCGUUCUACUAAAGACGACCCAAUUGAAUUGAGCUCACCUGUGUCAAAAGAUGAACUUGUUGCUGAGAUUGCAAGGCAGCUUUGCGUUAAAAUCGAACCUGAAAACCUGCUCCUUCCAACUCCUUUGGAGACGUUUGGAAUGUUUGAUGUGCAAUUACGGAUACCAAAAUCCAUACCGCUCCCAGAAGGAAGGUUUAAUUGGACGCUUAAAGUUAAGAUCAGAGGUAAAUAAAAAGAGAAGAGCAAUUGGAGCUCGACUGAAAAAUGAGAUUUCAAACUCUGGUGUUGCCUGAGAAAUAUGGCUUCAUAUUAUAUUAUUGCAUAGGUACCUGUCUUCUUUUUGAAUUAGCUUGAGAAUGGGAUGAUAGGAAUCAAAUGACGGAAGACUAUUAAUCUUUGUUGUCUAA